AUGGAGGCUAGGGGAAUGAGUACAGAGGCUCGGGGAAUGAGUGCAGAGGCUCGGGGAAUGAGUACAGAGGCUCGGGGAACGGGUUCAGAGGAGAGGGGAACGAAAGGAGAGGCGCGGGAAGCUAGAGAAGGGGCGCUGGAGGUUCGGGCAAGGCACGUGGCACGGCGGCCGUUGGAUUGCAAGCGGAAUCAGCGGCUCCCGCCUCGUUUCUCUUUCCCUUCGUUCACCCUCUCGCCCAUCUGCCCAAUCACCCAAUCACCCAUCCGCCUGUGCUCGCAGGAGUGGUGUGAGCAGCGGGUCGUCUUCUCUCUCGCCCGCGGCAAACCCCCGCCAACAGCAGCGAUGAGGGCGGGCGCGGAGAGGCAUGCAGCGUUGGAGCGGGAGGUGGUGGAGACAGUAGAGGUGGCGGUGGAAACCAGGGAGGACGUGUGGGCGCUCAGACUGCUGGGGGCCGCUGCUAGAGUGCUCGCCCUGGGGGAGGGUAUGAGGGAGGCGAUGGGGGGUGCCAUGGGGAGGGAGAAUGGAGGAGCGGGGCUCUGUGGUGAUGCUGCUGCCGGCAUAACGCGAGAAUCGACACCAAGACUCGCGUGCGGCCUCGGGCACCACGGGCAGCGCAAAGCAGAAACAGCAGGUGGGCUUGUAUGCACGGGUGGUUGCAUGUGGGAAGGGAAGCGGGGAAGGCGGGAGCGGGUGGCGUGUGAUGGUGGUGGACACCAAGACUCGCGUGCGACCCCGACCCCCACGGGCAGCGCAGAGCAGGAACGCCAGGUGGGUCUACAUGCACAGGGGGGAGAAGACAGAUUGACUGUAUUCCUCACCCACGUGCCCCCGAUUCCCUUCCUUGCUCUCUGCUCCUCCUCUGCCCAUCCCCUUCUCUCACAUGUUUCAGCUCAUCUGCUUGCGCUGCUCAGCAGCAUGGUGCAGCACGGCCUGCCUCAGGAGCCCUUCUUCUCCUCCUUCCGCCUCCAACCCCGCGCCACCCUCUCCCCCCAAGUGCUUGAACAUGCGGCCGAGAUCACCUGUCUCGCUGACGUCACGAGUGCGGUCUCUCACGCCUUCCAGUCGCUGCAGCCACUGCACUCCACCCUGCUCUUACGGUAUGAGUGGCAGGCGGAUGGCUCACUCAUUCACGAGGACCGCUUCCCCUAUGAUCCCCACUGGCUGCAAGCUAGCAUCUCCACAAGCCUCGAUUUCUGGCUCGGGCGCCGCCAACCCUUCAUCGUGCCUCGUGAAGAGGCUUGGAAAUGCUCCUGGUGCUCGUUUGCGCCAGUGUGCCGCCCGGAUUUGAGGUGGAAGGGGCAAGCAGGCAAUGGACUAUUUGUCUGA